AUGGAUACUCAAUCACCAAAUAUCAUGCAUAAAAGCACUGAUUUAAGCACUCAACAAAAACUAUUUUGUCUUUGGCGCCGGAUGUUCGUGUUUUGUUAUUAUAAACGUUCUUUUGGAAAGAUAACGACUUGUCAAGAAAACCAAACAGGGUCUUCUGUUCUACACAAGUAUUUGCUUCACGAAUUCAAUUCAAUCACUUCUCGUCUAAGUUUUCAAAAUGAAGACACUUGUUGGAAAACCGUCCGUGGUCUUAGGAACUUCUUUAGUCUAUUUGCAGCAGUAUUAGUUAUGGAAUCUGACAAGAAUUCGUCAAAUUAUGAUAAUAAGAGUGAAAUCGCCAAUAAACUCUUUGGAGAACGAAUCGAACAUAAUACUCCGGAAAAUCAGCGAGAACGAAAAAGAGCUCGCUUUGAAGUCUGUAAUUCAGAUUCUGGGACAUUUGUGUCCAGUGGUCUCCUAUGGGAUAACCUUGUCAACCUUACCAAUAACAAUACAAAAUUCGGUUGCUUAUGGUGGCUUAUUAUUGAUUGGAUUAUGCGUUUUAUGUGGCAAAAUACUUUGAUCAUACGUUCUGAAGGCAAAAAAUAUGAGUUAUAUAGUGAUAUUGAAACUCUUCUUAAGAUCAUCUCAACUUCAGUAAAGGUUAACCGAAUAGCAUUAGCAAACGAAUGUUUGGUUACCAUGUUACAUACACUUGUCGUCUUAUUGAAUUACGAAUUAUACCAAGGCUCAAUUUCUCAUGUUCCAUUAGAUAGUGUGUUAUCAGCUUAUAAUGAAAUAUGGGAGUUUGCUGUUAGUUUAUUUGAACAAUGUUCUUUACAACGGAAUCGUUUACAAGGUCAUAAACGUGAAGGUUCUUUGUCGGGUUACCGGUUUCUAAAUCAUGAUCGAUUAGUAUGUAAUCUUCUGUCAGCUUUAUUCUGCCUUCACAAUUCUACCAAAAACAAUCAUUUUCAGUGUGUAAAUGUAUCUAACAUUUGUUUGCGCAUAUUUACGUCGCUAAUGAGAUGUUUAGAUUUAGACACUAGUCAUUUGAACAAUUCACCAUGGCGUGUUCGGCUGAUUGUUUUAAUUAGUACUUGCUUAAAAUUACCGCGAAACUUGAUUCCUUGUGAUAUUUUUUUAAGUGUUUCUACUAUCCCUAAUGUUCUAUUAUUUAAUCCGGGUAUUCUUUUUCUAUUAUACAAUUAUACAAAAGUUUGGAACACUGAUGAUGAUCUUGCUGAAAAGAACACGACAGUUGUGCAGGUACCAACAGAAAUAAGUAUUUUACUAACUGGUAUUCUAUGGGCAUAUAAAAUCUAUUUAAUAAAUCAAUUUACUCCUACUAUUCAUUCUUCUAACCCAUGGUUUCAUACAGGAAGUAAUCUGAAUCAACCAUUAUUUAUUCACACUCGUUUGAAUGCAAAUUUAUCACUCACAGAUGAAAAUAUAUUUAGUUUAGUUGUUUUCUUAGCUACAGAGUUAUCAUUCAUUCGAUACAAAUUUUAUUUUCUCAAAAAGAAAUGUAAAUAUCUGGAUGAGUUACCAUCAUGUUACGCAGUUAUGUUAGAGCGAGUUUUGAAACAAAUACUAGACAAUUUAAUAUCCAGUAAGUAUCAAUGGUGUGAUUCAGUAAAAAAUGACAUAACCAACUUUUCUGUUCGACUUAAUACGGAUGAUUUUAAUCAAAAAUUUAAAAAGUUGGAAAUGUUUGUUAAAUCUUUAGAAAUUCUAUUGGAAUUAUUAACGUCUAGCAUAGACGAUAUAUCAUGGAUCUCAUCAUCACAAUUAAAUCAAUUAAUACUUUUGUCCACCAGUUAUUUCAGCUUUUCAACAUCUGAACAAUUAAUUUCUGAAAAUACAUUUCAACCAUUAGAUGUUUCUAGUCAAGUGAAGAAGACUAAUUUUGGUGACGAACAUUUCGAGGAUACUGAUUGUUCUGUUCCUGUUGAAAUAACAAAUAAUGAAGAUAACUCAGAAGAAAUUAACUCACGUAAUAAUUUGUAUCAUUCAGUAAAAUUUCAAAUCUUCAAUUCAUUAUUUUUAUUUAGUCUUCGAUGUAAAAACAUAAGCUUACUAAAACAAAUUUAUCAGUCAUUGCAUGAAUCAAUGUCUAAAAUUGUUUUAAAUGAUCAUGAUUCUAUUAAAUGGUUAUCUAAACUUACUAGAAACAUAUCUCAAUCUAUGUAUAAAACAUUUUCUGAUAAAAAUUAUGAUAAUAAUUUAAACAGUGAUUUUGUUGAAAUGAUUACUUACUUUAUUAGUUCUAUAGUAGAUAGUAUUCGUGAAAUUCUGAAAUCUCUUCUAGCACGUUGCAGUCAAUAUUUGUGUAUUAAUUUAAUUGUUAAAUUAAUUCGUUCACUUUGUAUGCUGUCAAAUAGUAUGGUAUAUAUAUAUGUACUCCAAAAUCAAGCAAAUUUAAAUCUUGAAGAAAUGGGUCAUUGGAAAUUGAUCGGUCAACAUAUCGAUCAACUGAUUCGAACUGUUUGGUCUGUUGGUUCUAAAUUCUCUGGGAAAUCUUUACAAGGUUUCGAAGUCGCUACUGUAGAUUGUUUUAACUUUUGGAUAAAUCUUUAUUCCUCAAACAUUAUUGAUAAACAAAAUAAUCCAGAUUAUUGUCUAGUUCCAACAGUUCAACAUAUUGUACCUAUUGCAGCUUUUCAAUUAGCGAAAUUUCUCCAAAGCCUAAUUGUGAAAUUGGAAAAUUUUUCCUGGUGUCAAAUCAAUCAUUGUGCUAUUCUACAGCUUUGUCAAACCUUACUUCAAUCGCUCACAUCUACAAAAUUCAAUUUCAUAUCAUUAAAAACAGAAACUGAUACAACAUAUCCGUCUGUCAAUCUGAAUUUCACAGUUUAUAUAUAUUCAUUAAUCUUGAAACUCUUAACUGUCCUGUCUACUCAUACUAGUACUAUUAACGGUAAUCAGUGUCCUUCAUCAUCAUCGGAUAGAAUUCUAUCUAUGCUAUAUCCUGAAUUAGAAUGUCUAACUGAUAUCAAGAUGAUUAGCUCUCUUCUUACUGAUCAUGUUCCUGAACUGGUGGGUGAUAUUCUUAUCCAUUCAAUUAUGCAGAAUAUGGAUGAUAACAGUAGACUUCCACAAUGGCAUAUAAUCACAGAAUUGUGUGGCGGAUCUAAGCUUACUCAUACAACUUUAUUAAAAGCAACAAAUUUAUGUAAACUAAUUCAUUGUUUGCUUGAAUUACGCGUACUUUAUGAUAUGCCAAACAAAUCUACUGGCUCUUCACAAUCUCUUACAAGUCAUCACUAUCUUGGAUCAUUUCUUAUUAAUUGCCUAGCCAAAUUAUACAUUAACUUAAAUUAUGAUCAAUUGGCAUCUACUAAUAAGAUUCCAGAUACAAAACAACAUCAUUUACAGUAUGCCUAUGAUCUGAUUAGUUCUUGUCAUAUUAAUUCAGACUUAGUCAAUCGUCUUUAUCAAAUUGGUGUACAGUUUCUUUGUCCACAGUCUACUGUUAAUGUAUCACAUCGUUUAAUACCUUAUUGUUUGCGAUUAACGUGUUGGUGUGCAAUAUCGAAUCUCAUUAUAUCUUUACUAUUCAAUAUCACCUCAUCAUUUGAUUCUGGUGAUGAUGAUGAUGAAUUAAGAUUAGUGCGAGAGUUUUCUGUCUGGAUUUUUGUAAAUGGGCACGUCAGUCUACUGGUUAGUGAUUUAACUCGUAUUGAACACCUUGAUGAACUUCUUGAUUCGUUUCAUUAUCUAUUCGUUAAAAUUCGUUCAUUCUCCUUGUUUCAACAAAAUUCAAAGUUACUCAUUAGUAUACAUCAUUCAACUGUGUAUACGCUUAGAAAUUUAGCUAAAAAUCUCUUGCAGUCAAACAAACAAUUUCAGUCUACUUAUCCUGAUGAAUUGAAACGAUCACUUUUAAAAAAGGUGGCAUCGGUUUUAAACUUACUUGUCGGCGAAAAUAAGCCUUCCAUUUUCAAUGAAGCAGUACGUCAGUUAUGCGAUUUUCCUGAUACUGAAAAAUGUAACUGCAUCGAUUCCUCAUCCACUGAUACAUCACACGUUUCAUUUUUUGAAGAGUAUGGAAAAUCUCUUAGCUGCCUAUCAACACGUAAUGGAGAAAAUAUUCAACAGUUCUUACAAAUAAUUUCGAAUGAUUUGGAAUUAUUUCACAUCGUUCAUUCAUCCCAAUUAUUAGUUUAUCCUAUUAAAAUGUUUGAAGAGUUAUCUUUUAAUAUGUCAACUAUGUUUAAUGUUAUACAAGGAAAUAAAUCAACAUUCAAAUUUGAUAUGCUAUUUCAACAAGUAAAAUCUUUACUAAUGGAACAAUCUACAGAAAAUAAGCAAAGGCAUGUUGGUUUGAUGGUUACAAAUACGGAUAAUGUAGGAAAUGGUGGAGAUAUGACAGAAAUAGAUUUUUCUAAUAUGACCAAGUUAACGAAUAACUUGGAAACCAUUCUGAACCCUUCAAAACCUGAUAAAUGGUUCCAGAGAUUACCGACCCUUUUGGAUUCUAAGAUUGAAGGAUCUACUCUACAUUGUUUCAGUCUUUUAAAACAAGUCACGACUUCUUUCACUCUCUCAAAUUUCAAUCUUAUAGAUCCUGCAAGUAGAGGUUUUAACUAUGGAGUUCCUGAGAGUGAUGAUUUUCUAGAUCCUAUGCUUUAUGUGAAACAACAGAUUUUAUCAACUAUUGUCUGUGCAAUUUGUAUUCCGAAUUCAUUAAUUACUUUGAGUGCAUCAGAAGUAUUACAUGGAUUGUUUGAUCAGUGUUCUUCUUUGGUCAUUUCGUUACUGACACACUCCAGUGAAAAUCAGUUACCAACAUAUCUACAUACUAUUCUAGCUCCUUAUAUCCAAGGAACUGAUAUUUCUAGUCGAUCUACAUCAACUCGAAAUAAAAAUUCCGUAUCACUUAUUCAAAAACUGAAUCUUAAAGAGAAGGCCCAAAUUUUGGAAAAAUUACCAGUGUUAACCAAUAAAAUCCGAUUGUUUUUGGAAAAUAGCUUGACAAUAUGUUGUAGUGCUACAAAUUUUCAAUCGUGGUUGAUGGAUUUUGUCAUAUGGUUCCUAGAAUCAGGCUUAAUUCAAGAUGAUUUUCUUAUAUGCAUUAAACCGUUUUUACAUUUUUCCUAUGAAUUAACUGAAAAACUAUGUUCAUGGCUAAUCGCAUAUUAUCUUAUCAGAAUCGGAUCAAACAACACAGUGGAUAAAAGCAUGCAACAGUUUAAUUCUGAUCUCUGUGAUGGCAUCACAACUUGUUUAUCACAUGAUGUUAAUAGUUUGCUUACUGAAUUGCCCCGGUUUCAAAAAAUAUUGCUUGAAACUCUAGUUGCUUUCAAUCAUUUUAUUCAGUGGAUUAAGAGAUCAGGAGAAAAUAUAACUUUAAAUCCUUCAAUAACUAUCAAUUGGUUGUGUGCUGCCGAUCGAGCUACUAUCCUUAAGAGACCUCAAGAAGCUCGUUUAUUUCUGGAAUUAGCCUGGUUAUCAGAUAAUUGUCCCGAAGAUUGGAUUACAACUAAUGAAACGACGUAUCGUAUUUGGGUUAAUCUUUGUCGUUUAUCGGGAGAUUUAAUGGGUUUAAUUGCAUCUCAAACAAGUUUUCUAACCUGGAUUAAUUCUGCACAAUCAUUUAAAGAGAAAUCUACACAUUUUGACGUUCAUCCUCUUUUAGAUAAGACAAAAUUAGCUGUUCAUGAAUUAUUGGGCAAUUGGUCUUAUUUACUUAGUUGUUAUGAUAAAUAUGAUCUAAAUGAAGAGCUGGAUUCUUCAUCAAAUAGUGUACAUUCUAAGUUGGCUUCAUGCUUACAACACUUAGGUGCUAAUCGACUAUUUGAAAAAUUCAGUCGUAAUGAUUCGAUAGAUUUAACAGCUAGUAAACAGUCGGAUUUAACAUUAAAAGAACUACGAUCAGCUGCUGCAUGGCGUCUAAACCAAUGGGAUAACAAAUUAGAUGAUAUUUCUAAUUUAGAUUGUUCAUAUUCUCAUUCGGUUUGUCCACCUACAAAUUGGAAGAAUUGUGGUUUAGAAACUUCCUUUUACUGGCUUUUACGAGCUGCUUCACAAUCGGAUUGGUGUAGAGUAUCAGAAAUAGCUACUGCUCAAAGUGAAUGUUUUAUUGAAGAAUUAUAUUCAGAUACAAUACAAUUUAUCUCAUCUGAUCAAUUAAUUUUAUAUGGUCAAAAAAUUAAUUUUUUAAAUAUUUUAAAUAAAUUAAGUAAUCAUUUACCAUAUAAACACAAUUACAAUUAUUGUUUACAAUUAAUAUUAAAUUUAUUUAAUUAUUCAUUAAAUUGUAUUAAUUUCAUAACUACUACUACCAAUACUACUGAUACUACAAAUUAUACUCAAUUAAAUCAAUCAAUAUUUAAUACAUUAGAACCAUUUUUAACUUUAUCAAUUAAUUUCAUUCAAUUAAUAUUAAUAAAAAAUAUUUUUAUUAAUUCUAUUAAUAAUCAAUUAAAAGAUUUAUUAAUUUUCACAUAUUUUUAUUAUGCUGAAAUAGCAACAAUAAAAUCAUCAAAUAUUUAUUUUAUAAAAAAUUAUUUAAAUAAUGCAAUUUAUUGUCAAAAUUUAUUUAAAAAUAAUUUUAAUAAAAGUAUAAAUUAUCAUUGGCAAAAUUUAUUAUGUAUAAAACUUCAAUCAUAUUUAGAAAGAGAACAAGGUGAUUAUGAUUUAUCUAUUAGUCGAUUACAAUCUGGUUUACAAAUUGUUAAUAAAAUGGUAGAACAAACGGAUAAAUCAUCUGAACAUUUAGGCGGUUAUAUUAAUUGCUAUAUUCAUGGUAUAACUGUUUUAUGUAAUUGGUUAUAUGAAUCUCGAACAAAAAGUGCCACUGAUCUCUUGCUCAACUAUAUUAACCCUGCCAUUAAUUUAGCUCAACGUUUAAAAUUGAAUCCUGAUGCGAAUGCUUUUAUGAGUUUGGCUAAAUUCUCCGAUGCGCAAUUCACUACUUUAAAUUCAUACUUAACAUCGUCCAAAUUCGCAACUAGACAAAACUUUCUCACACAAGCUCAAAAGGAUGUUGUUGUCCUAUCAGACUUAGGCAAUGGUUGUAACACUUAUUUUAUAAAAAAUUCUAUUAAUCUAUAUAGUAUAGCACACAAAAGAAGCAGUCGUUUAUUACGGUUACUUCAACGUCAAUCAGCUCUGGAAAUUGAUGAACUAACUGCAUUGACAACAGAUGCUGAUCAUUUUUUAGAAGCUAGCAUUGAUGCUUAUGCUCAGUGUUUAAUUCUAUCUGAUGAUCAUAAUUUAUCGAUUUUUCGCUUCAUUUCUCUUUGGCUGUCUUCUAUCAAUUCAAAGUUUCAAAAUAGAGCUUCAAAAAUCAACAAGAUUAUGUCAGAACGUCUACCAAGUAUUCGAGCUGAUAAAUUUCUUCCUCUUGUUCCACAAUUAGCAGUUCGAUUAUCCAGUAAAUGUGAUGCUGACUCAUCUUUUCAAAAUAUUUUAAUGAAACUAAUAGAACGAAUGGUAGACUGGCAUCCUCAUCAUUCAGCAUUUACUUUACUAUUUCUUGUCAAUGCUAAGUUAGAUGAUGAUGAUAAUAUUAAUAAUAAUAAUAAUGGUAGUCAUCAACGUUCAACUCGUGUAAAUUCAUUGAAAGCAUCUACUGAAACAAUUCCUAAUCAGUCAUCCACAGAGCUAAGUUGCCGUAUACAAGCUGCUCAACAACUUUAUAACCGAUUAUCUAUUGGUCGACGCAAAGAACUUUUAUGUCAAAUGAAAUAUUUAGCUGAAGCUUAUGUUGACUGGGCAAGUACAGAUGUUGAUAAAUAUAAAACAAAUACAGGUAAUAUCUCCCUUCCAAAUGGAUGUAAAUUGUAUGGUUUGGUAUCACCAAGUUUACAACGUUCUUCACGUCGUACUAUGGAUUGUUUGCUGGAGCUUGUCGCACUACCAACAUGUACUUUCCGUGUUGAUCGAUCAGGGACAUAUCCGAAUUCUAGUUUAAUUCGUGUGGCAGGAUUCUCUCCCGACUUUCGUCUUGUCGGAGGAAUUAAUUUGCCAAAAGUUAUCAGUUGUUUAGGUACCGAUGGGAAAUUGUAUCGGCAGUUGGUGAAAGGUAAAGAUGAUCCAAGACAAGAUGCAGUUAUGCAACAGGUUUUCACUGCUGCUAACUGCCUUUUAACAAAAUAUGGCAAAUUCAAUAAGAUUGAUUUACCACACUCUUCAACUUCUCAAGUUAAUAUGCUUAAAUAUCGUGCUAACUGGCUGGAUAUGGAUAAUGGACUUCGCAUACGCACCUAUAAGGUUAUACCAAUGGCUCAGCGUAGUGGUGUUAUAGAAUGGUGUGAAGAUACUGUACCAUUAGGUGAUUGGUUAGCCAAUGAGCGUACUGGUGCUCACCAACGCUAUAGACCCCAUGAUAUGCCCCCGAUUCAAGCUAAGCAGCGUUUGGGAGUUGUCAAAGAUAAAACUCCUGAUCGUAAAUUAGUAGCAUUCAAUGAAAUAUGUGAAAAAUUAAAACCAGUGCUUGCUUAUUUCUUUUUGGAACAAUUUCCUAAUCCGCAAAAUUGGUUCAUCUCUCGAAUGGCCUAUAUUAGAUCGAUCGCUGUGACUAGUGUAGUUGGUUAUCUUGUUGGAUUAGGCGAUAGACAUCCCCAUAAUUUAUUAUUACAUAAAUCUACCGGUGAAAUUAUUCACAUUGAUCUUGGUGUGGCUUUCGAUCAAGGUCGACUUUUACCAACUCCAGAAAUGGUUCCUUUUCGAUUAACUCGUGACCUUGUUCACGCUUUAGGUCCAUUAGGUUUACAAACAGGAUUUAUUCCAGCUGCUGAAGCUGUAUUACGAGAGCUUCGAAAUGGAUCUGAUGUUAUUCUGACUUUAUUGCAGGUUCUCCUUUUUGACCCAUUAUAUUCUUGGUCUUUAUCACCAGCUCAACUAUAUGCGCUUGAAGCUAAACGAGCUGAAAUUAAUACAACAUUAGACAAGUCUAAAUCAUCAAGUUACUUUUUUAAUGAUCAAUAUAAGAAUAAUAAAUCUAUGAAUAAAGAAAAUUUCAAAGUGAAUACAUUACAACCAAAUGAAAAUAGUCUCAUCUUUCCUAGUAAUCAACAGUUAUGUAAUACUAAUAUGAUUGGUGAAAAAGAACCAGUCAAUCAACUUGCUGAACGUGUCCUACUUGGUGUAAAAGGCAAACUUCAAGGUCUUGUCAGUGGGAAUUUAGUUGUUAAUUCAAAUGAAACUUCCAGCAACUGUAGUGGUGGUCUUGAUCAACUCGAUGUUGCUGGACAUAUUGGUUUGCUUGUUCGCGCAGCUACAGAUUAUUCAAAUUUAUCACGAAUGUACUUUGGUUGGCAAGCUUACUUAUAA